GUCUGCAAAGGGGGUGUUGGCUGGACGCUUCUGGUAUCGACGGCCCCCUGGGUGGGGCAGGGGCUGUGAGCAGGGCUGGAGCAGCUAUGGCAGCAGCCUGAGCUAACGUACUUGUGCUGGAAGGAGCUAUCGAGGGCCCGCCAGCCUGUCACAGGCUCUUGGCGUGGGCACUGCCUCUGGCUACACGCACACACACACACACACACACGCACUGGCAGGCACCCUGUGGUGGUCUCCACGGUCUCACACUCAGGCUCCAAGCUGGCUCCGCGGGGCGCAGGGACAUGAGAGGCACAGCUCAGACCCAGCUCCUGGCCUUCUCCCUCCUCUGCCUGCUCUCAAAGGUGUGUGCCCAGCUGUGCCCGACACCUUGUGCCUGUCCCUGGCCACCACCCCGAUGCCCGCUGGGGGUGCCUCUCGUGCUGGAUGGCUGUGGCUGCUGCCGGGUCUGUGCCCGGCGCCUGGGGGARCCCUGCGACCACCUCCACGUCUGCGACUCCAGCCAGGGCCUGGUCUGCCAGCCUGGGACGGGCCCCAGCGGCCGAGGGGCAGUGUGCCUCUUGGGAGAGGACGACGGGGGCUGCGAGCUGGACGGCCGCCUCUACCAGGACGGSGAGACCUUCCAGCCGCACUGCAGGGUCCUGUGCCGCUGUGAGGACGGCGGCCUCACCUGCCUGCCGCUGUGCAGCGAGGACGUCCGCCUGCCCAGCUGGGACUGCCCGCGCCCCAGGAGGGUGGAGGUCCCUGGCAAGUGCUGCCCCGAGUGGGUGUGUGACCAGGCGGCCGGGCGGGCCGUCCAGCCCCUCCAGGGCCAAGGACCCCAGUUUUCUGGCCUCAUGGCUCCUGCACCCCCUGGCAUCCCCUGCCCAGAAUGGAGCACAGCCUGGGGCCCCUGCUCCACCACGUGUGGGCUGGGAGUGGCCACCCGAGUGUCCAACCAGAACGCCUUCUGCCAACUGGAGACCCAGCGCCGCCUGUGCCUGCCRGGACCCUGCCUGCCUGCYGGGAGCCRCCGACCCGGGCACACCGCCUUCUAGAGCCGCUGGGAAUGGAGAUGGAUGUGCACGGUCCCCAAGAGACCACUGACGGCAGAUGGCCCUUACCCAUGCCUUUGACCUGCAUGAGUCCAGCUUGGGUCCACCAUCCGGGGCCAGGAGGACGGGAACAUUCACAAGCUGCCUGGUCCAGCCGGACCUGAGGUUUGGCCAGGGCGYGUGCCCAGGCCCCUUCCUCCCACAGCCGGGGGCUGGCCAGGGCUUCCCGGCUCUUCUGGUCUAGUGCCCGCUGCGCAYCGCCUGGUCAGCAGGAGCGCUGGCGAGCUUUCUCCCAGCUUCCYUGGGCAGGGUGGCACCACCAUGGCCUCCGUCUAGCUUUGGCAGCUGGUGCUGGCCAUUUCGAUGGGGGAGGGUAAGGAGGUGGUCCACAGGUGUCCUGAGAUCUCCUCCUGUCUUCCUGGAGCUUUGCAGAACUGUCCCUGAAUAGAGGGGCUAYGCCUGAACCCGAGGGUGGGGCUUGCAGAACACCCUCCCCAUCCCGGGAGAAUUCAGCGGCUGAAUCGUUUGUGAGCACCGUGAGGCCAAAUCACUGUGUCCUGAAGAAGCCAGAAGCCACUUUGCUUUAGUAAGAACCCACCUUUGUGAGCACCCACAAUGUGUGAUCAUUGAGCUCAGCCCUUGGCGUAGACCAAUGCUCCCCAACACUGAGACAAGUGGSGAGA